AUUAUUAUUAUUUUUUUUAUACCGGCUCAUUGAUGUUAGUUAGGGCUCAAUUGCAGUUAAGCUGUUAACUGUUGUGCAAAAUCUCCCCUAAAACCUUAAAACUCCGGCGAAAGCUCAACAAUGGCGGACGGAGGCGACAUGGAAAUCUCUCUGGACAAACUCCCUAUCAAACGCCUCGAAAUCAUCGAAGAAUCCGGCGCCGAACGUUUUUCCCCCGAAAUUGAAUACGAAGAGAAAACUGUGAACUUGAUUCGGCGAAUCGACUUCGCCUGGGCGUUGGAGAGAGAUGCGAAGAAGCAGAAGAAGACGAAGGAAUCAUCUGCACCGUCCACAUUGCAAGGGGUGAUUGAGAAUUUGAGAUUGGCUCAUCAAGAGCUUUCCGUUAUCAUUGAUCUAAUUAACACUGUUGAAGCUAAUGAUGCAGUUACCGUGGCUCAUAUGAAUAGGCCAAAACCAUUGCCUAAUGAAGCCCUGUCCGACCUUGCAAUAUCUGCUGCAAAUAAGCUGCAGUGUUUUCGGCAUCUCAGUAAGUACUUUAAGCAGUCUGCGAAAUCCUUGGAACAUCAGAUUGCCAGGGAAGCAAGAUUCUAUGGAGCUCUCAUUCGUUUGCAGCAGAAUUGGAAAGUCAAAUGGCAUCGUUUGGCAGCAAAUGCUCCUGGUAGCGAUGGCUUCUUGAUUGAUCUCUCCAAGAACACAGCACAUGAGCAAGCAGCAGUUGCCAGAGCUCCUAAGUUUUCUAUGGUUCGUGUGGAGCACGAUUCAUCUGGCAUGCUGGCUGUGAAUUUGCCUAAAAAUUCAUGUCGUUCUUUCCACUUUGGUUUUUUGGAUGCUCAUUCAGAUGAUUGUCCAGAAGGACUUGGAUUUGGGCGAAUGAAUUCUGGUUCCGUUGAUGAAUCUUUAAGUGAAGCUAAGAAGGAUUCUAGUGAUGAUGAUCGUAUACGAGAAACACACACAGUCCUUUGUAAUGCCCACAGGGCCAUAUUUUAUGAACAGGUUUUUGAAUUAGUUAGCCGUGAAUCCUUCAACCCAUCUUUGGGGGUAAACGUGACUGGAAUACGAGAAAACUAUUUGGAACUGAGCAUAAAGCCAGGGGUAUCUGUUUUCGUAUCGCUAAUGCCAUACAAUCAGGAAGAUCAAGGUAAUGAUAGCAGUGACACUAAGAAUGUGGACGAUUUAUCUAAAGUGUCAAGCCUGGUGGAAACCAAGCAAAACAUUGAGCAAAUGUUUGGACACCCCAACCACAUCACUUAUGAAAUAUAUCUGCUACAGCUUUUCCGUGAUGAAAUAUAUGGCAAAGUGAAGCACCAACCACACUUGCCUGGUAAAGUUCAGUCUAAUCACCAGCCUAAUGAUGCUGUGGGGCUUGUGAAUCAUUUCUGCCUUUCUUUGGCUCACCGAAUCUUCUCAAGCAAAGUUCUAAAUAAGUUGGAAAACCUGGCUACAAAGAUUCCGUAUCUCCAGCUUAUUUCACAACCUACCUGGCAUUCACGGACUUCUUCUUGGGCACUGUCUGUGAAAGUUCCCAAAGCCAUACUUAAUGCGCAGUCUCAGGCAUGGAGUUCAGAUGAAGAUCAGAUUAAAGAUAACAAGUUACUAUUUCAGACUAGGGUGGUGGUGAAAGAUGAUAAUAUUAGCAUUGAAGGGGGAGGUUCUCCUAAUGUUGUUGGUUUGUUUAAAUGUAAUCCUGAGGCAAUGGGAUCCAAGAACAGAUUCAAUUGUGACUUGGUAGAUCUCCCUACGGUGCUUCUGUUGCAGAUAGCUAGUCAGAUCAUAUGCUGGCUUCACGAGGAGGCAUUGAUGGUGGGUAUAAAAACACACCAGGAUUUUCUCUGCCUUUUCUUGGAGCUUGAACAAGGUGAGACUCUGAGCCUGGUCGCGCAUGUUGAUCCGGAGGAUGCACUAGGAUGCAUCUCCUGGUGGCUGACUGUGGAGGAUGGCUCUACUCAGGAGCGUAAACUUCAGGCAGAUCUUCCUGAUGGUGAGUCUCCUUCUAGACGGUUUUUGGGUCACUUGUCUUUGGAUACAUUGUACUCUACAUUAAUGGAUCUUGUUAGUGUGUGCACCGUCAGUGUUAACCAUUAAAUCUGGUCUAGUUUUGUUUCAUAUAUCAAUCAAUGAAAAUGUAUACUGGUAUCCCUGUGUUUUAAGUGUUUAGCUGCAAGUUAUGGCCUACAGCCUAUGAGAAAUGUACAUGAAUUGAACAAAUCAAAUUUCACUUUACAUUUGGGUAGGAUGCCAGAAUAAGUUACAUAUUUCAUGGUUACAUAAUGUAUGAUUAAACAAUGGAAACCAAACAUCAAUGAUGGAAAGAUAUGUUAAUGAAGCGUAGUCAAUGUUUUUGCUUCA